UUUCGCAAUCUUGUCUGCUAUUUUAAUUAGUCUCACAAGCCAAGCAAAUGAAACGCCUGGCUUGCUUGAGAGACAUUGCGAGACCGUCAGGAUGGAGAGAGUAGUUCCAAUCACGGUUCCAACUGAGGAGAUUGAUCAGAGGAAUGGAGGCUGUGGAGUAAUCUUUGAAAACAAGCUGUAUGUGUGGGGAGGCAAUACUACAGACGUCCACAUCUUGAAGCCCGUUGAGGACAGUGACUCCAGCUCCAAUUCUGAUAAUGAUGACUCGGACAAAGAAGACAUUGAUGUUAACCUCCCUGUCCCUGUCCCUGUCUCCCUCCCUCGUUCAAACGAUGAGAAUCAUCCGUUUGACGUUUUAGACCUCACCACAAACAAGUGGUUUCGGCAGUCGACCAGCGGAGAGUACCCCACUCUUGGCCUUGGCUCCUCCCUUAGUGUUCAUCACCCCUCACGCACCAUCAUCCUGUUCAGUGGGUUCAAAGAUUUGCAAUUUGAUAACGAGGUCUACAAAGUGUCCCCUGACAGAGAGUGGGUGUGGGAAAAAGUGGAGGUGAUGCCUGAAGUAAAGCCAAGGGAGCGUUACCAGACUGGAGUAAUCAUCCACAAGGAUCGGAUGUGCGUGUUUGGAGGAGUGGGGAGGGCCAGUCGUGAGAUAGGGAAUCCCCCGAAACCUCAGGACCUAGGGGCCAGGUAUCUCGCCUACGUGGAGGACGAAAUUGAACGUGACUAUGGAUGGACCAGCGAGUACCUGGAGUUCGACAUUAACACAAGUGAAUGGGAGGCCCCAUUGGACGAAAAUGCAUUCCGACCUGAUCCGCUAGGAUCUCAUGCAUUCUCCAAGUUUGACAGUCAUCGAGCUGUCCUGUUUGGGGGAAAUGGCUCUGCACUCGUGUACUCCAACACAUGCUACAUAUUUGACUUUGAUAGCAGGGAAUGGAGUGGUCCAUACAAGCCAGACGACCCAGAGGAGCCGUGGCCGAUAGCCACCCGGUUCUCCACCCUCACGUCCCUAGUUGAUCCUGAAAACGUGUGGCAGGAGAUGUGUGGUCAAAUAGUGCAACCGAGGAUGGUACUCCUCUGGGGCAAGAGUAGUAAACUGCACAUCUCACCAGAGACCUGGCUGCUCGAGUUUAACUUUGACAACCCAAAUCCCUUAGUCUGGAAAAAGCUGAAGAUUGGUGUGGAGCCUCGCUCGUGGCACAUUGCCAAGGCAGUCUACUCAAACAAAACUACCAGCUGUGAGCUUGUUAUCUUUGGAGGGAACGUGUACAAGUACCCAAUUACUGACAUGUUUCAAAGGGAAAACGUAGCCAACCUCACAAUACUCCACUUUGGGGGACCAUAAAAUCGCAUGUGCUGCUCAGUUGGUUUGUGUAGUGCAAUUCACACUGUACUUUCAACAGGACAACCAACAUGCUGCAUGGUUACUGUUGGUCUGGCUAGUCUAGCGGAGCUGUGUCUGCGUGUCAUAGUGAGCAGAGAUGAGCUGAUGAAUGUGGCCGAAGGAAGCUACGGGUCUGGCAAUGUAGCCAAACUCAUUAGAGCACAACAUUCAAGAC